AUGGGAGCCACAGAGAACACCUCUGGGGACAAGUCCUCCAACGAUGGAGCGCAACUCGCAAGGAGGGCCACAGUGGAGGAGUUGCUAGAUGCGAGUAGUGGUGUUGAGGAGAGGAAGUUGGUGAGAAAGUUGGACUUGUAUCUCAUCCCGUUAAUAAUGGGUGUAUAUCUGUUCAGUUUUGUAGACAGAGUCAACCUCGGUAACGCACGGCUCUACGGCCUCGAAGAAGACCUCAACCUCACCACCUCGCAAUUCCAAGUCGCCAUAUCCAUCUUCUUCGUCACCUACAUGUUCUUCGAAGUGCCCUCCAACCUGGUCCUCAAGCUCUUCACCCCCCGCCGCUGGAUCGCCUUCAUCACCAUCUCAUGGGGCCUCGUCGCCACGCUCAUGGGCCUGGUCAACUCGUACGGCAGCCUCCUCGCCUGCCGCCUGCUCCUCGGCGCCGUCGAGGCCGGCCUCUUCCCCGGCCUAAACGUCUACCUCACCUUCUUCUACACCAAGAACGAGCUCGCCCUGCGGGUGGGCUACCUCUUCGUGAGCGCGGCCAUUGCUGGCGCGCUGGGCGGCCUGCUCGCCUACGGGAUAGGCCACAUGGACGGCGUGGCGGGCAUGCGCGGCUGGCGCUGGAUCCUGAUCAUCGAGGGCCUGCCGAGCGUGGUGCUCGGCGUGGUCACGUACUUCGUGCUGCCGAACGAUGCGCCCACGGCGUGGUUCCUCGACGAAGGGGAGAAGGCGCUCAUGGAGGUGAGGCGGCGGAGGGAGUAUGGGAGCACGAAGAGCAGCGGCGGGAUAGAGAGGAGGGAUGUGUUGAGGGUCGGGUUCUCGACGUUUUUGCCGACUAUUAUACAGGCGCUGGGGACGUGGACGACCGCUCAGGUGCAGUUGCUUACGAUACCGUGCUAUUUUCUGGGUGCGGCGGCGUACAUGGGCACGGCGUUCUUGUCUGAUCGUUUACAGAUGAGGGGGCUGUUCUGUGUUAUUUUUGGAGCCGUCAGUGUGGUAGGGUAUGGCGUCUUGCUGGCAGAUGUGGCGAGCAGCGUGCAUUAUUUUGCGUGUUUUCUCGUAGCGGGUGGUUUGUACGUCGUCGUUGGACUCCCCUUGGCGUGGUUGCCGAAUAACUCGCCCCGGUACGGCAAGAGAACCACGUCGACGGGGUUACAGCUUACCUUUGGAAAUGCAGCAGGCGUCAUGUCUGCGUUUAUUUAUCCUAAACCUGAUGGACCUAGGUAUAUUCGCGGUCAUGCCGUUUGUCUGAGCAUGGUGGGCAUGGGGACGGCGAUAUAUGGGUUUUUGUGGUUUUGGUAUUCGCGGGAGAAUGGGAGGCGGGAGAGGGGGGUUGUGGGCGAGAAGUAUAGGGAUAUGGAGGAGGAGGAGUUGAUGGAGUUGGGGGAUGAUAGUCCGAGGUUUCGAUAUACGAUAUAG